AUGGUCAGCACAACAUUAAAAAAUAAUUUUUUUCUUCUUCAAGAUAGUCUAGUGGCGUUGGACGGCCGAAUUAAAAAAGGAUUUAUUUUGCUUGAAAUUAAUGGAAUUUCAUUAGAUGAAUAUGAAACGCCUGAAGCUGCUGUUAAUGUUCUUUCAACUGCUGUUCGACAAGCUGUUGAAAGUCGAGGCCAAUUAAAAUUAACUUGUUCUCGUGGAGAUGUGCUUACACCUGCAAAUAAUAUUUUUCGUCCACCACAAUCGGAGCCUGUUAGACCUAUUGACCCUACAGCUUGGGUGCAACAUACUAACGCUGCGCGUGGUUUGGAUGCUUUGAUGAUUGCUCCUCCAGUUAUCUCUCCAUCUAUGCUAAUUCCUACAAAAACUUCAAUUUAUGCAAAUGCUAUGGCUGCUGCAAACAAUAAUAAUAACAACAUAAUUGCUGCUGUUGGAAAAGCAGCAGUAAUAAACUCAACAAAUUACCACCAACAACAACAACAUUUUAUUCCUCAACAACAAACACAACAACAACAAAUCAUUACGUCAGACGGCUUAAAACUUAUAAAAAACCCAUCGACAGAGAUAACAACAUCUUCCGGAAAUAGUUCAUUAGAAUGUUCGAUUGGGCAAAAACAUGUUGAGUUAAUAAAACAACAACAAACACAACAACACGAACAACACGAACAACAACAAUUAAAUUUAAUCCAAACAUGUUCCGGAAAGUUUUCCGGAAAACAAUUAAAACACGAACAACAAUUAAAUUUAAUCCAAACAUGUUCCGGAAAGUUUUCCGGAAAACAAUUAAAUUUAAAAGAAGAAAAGAAACAAACAACAAAAACAUCAACAAAAACAAUGUUUGGAGGAGGUAAAAAAGUUGGUAAUGGAGGUGGGGGUGGGGGAAUUGGAAAUGUUUUGAGACGCUUAUUGUGUGUGCAUUCAAGUGCAAGUCCGCAAAGCAGUAGUGAUGACAAUAAAAAUAAGAAGAAAAAUAUUAAAAGAAGUGCUUCUAAUAAAGAAGGAAAAGGGAAAAAAUAA